AUGACCUCCAAUUCAUCAUUAUCCUUCAAAGCAAAUUGUUCGAAUUUUGAAAUUCGCGGACCCGAAGCGCCAUUUUAUCGUUGGUUGGCACUUGGCUAUGCCUUCCUAUUCGUUCUUGCUCUAACGGCCAACUUACGUGUACUUUUCAAGCUAUUUCACUACUCCCGUCGUCGUUUUCGUGAUCAUAUACUUCUUCUCAAUCUCUGUGCAGCUGACCUCUUCGUCACACUCGUUUACAUCCCAAGUGAGAUCUACACAUAUACCAUCGCUCGUUGGCACAACGAUGGCAUAUGUAAAACCUUAGCUGCUUUGAAAGGCUUAGGAAUCUAUGUCUCAUCAUGUACAAUUAUCGGUAUUUCUCUCGAUCGAUAUCUCUCGAUUGUUCAUCCAUUGACUGUAUAUCAAUCAAAUAUACGAAAUAAGUUAUUUGUUAUUGGCUCAUGGCUGAUAUCCUUCAUUGCUUGUAUUCCACAAUUGAUUAUAUUCAAACGAUUGACUAAUGAAGAUCUUUGUCGGGAAAUGUGUGGAGAUACACUCUCAUCAGAUCUGGCGAAACGUCUCACGUAUAACAUCGCCGUGGCAAUAUUCGCUUAUAUUGCACCAUUAUUAACAAUUUUUUAUUCUUAUUUUCGCAUUUUAUAUGUGUUACAUAAACGCUCGGAUCGGCGAACCUUUCGGUUUGUUCGUAGUAAUAGCAGUAGGAAUAGUUGUGAUCUCAAUCAAAUCAAUCUACCAUUAACAUCGACGAGAAAGAGUUUUAGUACGACUAAUGGACCAUCAGUCGUUCAAGAAGAGAUUAAUUCACAUAAUCUCAAAACAAUCACACGAGCGAAAUUAAAAACAUUGAAGCUAACCGCUCUAAUUGUUGUUUGUUUUAUACUCUGUUGGACACCUUAUUACUGUAUUGUCUUCUUUCUUCUCAUAACUGAUGCACGAACUGAUCCUGAAAUUGCUCAAGCAAUUGUCAUCGAUUCAUCUCAACCUGUUCAGCCAACAACUAAUGAACGUUCACUCUUAAUUGUCAUGAUGCUCGCCGUUUCAAAUUCCGUGUUAGAUCCUUUGAUCUAUGGUUGUUUCAUGGUUCGAACGAUUCCGUCGAAUUGUUGCGAUCGUUUACGAAACCGACGAGAGACAACGACAACAUCGAAGCGUGCAGCGAAUCAAUUAGCAAGUGACAAAGAAUCAAAAUUGACUCUUUUGAGAAGUCAAGUAAAAAACGGAAACAAUCACCGCGAUGCGAUGAUUGAUUGUCAACUUUGA